UUCUGUGCAUGGAAGUAAACGAAAACCAAAUCAUUUCCAGAUGCCGAUCUAUAUAAAAAAGCAAGUUCACAUGUUAGCAAAACCUGAGGAUGACAUAAGAAAGAAAGGUGAUCAUCAAAUAGCCACACGUGAUGAAAGUUGAAAAGUGUCGGGCACAGGUGUCAGCAAGAUGCAAAGCUCCCAGGAAGCCCGUGAUGGAAGUCAGUGGAUUGUGACUUUGUGAGGCAGGCUAAGCUCAAGCCAUGCAACUUGCACAUUUGCUCACAGGCUCCAGAAAGCAGGCUAUUUCUUUCUUGAUACUCCCAGCAAACCCGCCAAGGCAAAUAAGCAAGACAUGGUCAAUUUCAAGUGGUUGAAAGUUUCCAGUAACAGCUGUGCGUCGCAAGGUGCAUGAAACAUCUACAACCAUGGAGUAUAUUCUUAUUAUUUUGAUUUUCAGAAGAGUGGAUAUAUGAAAUAUGAAACGACCCAAAUAACACAAGGUUCUUUACCUGUGGUCAACGAGAAAAAAUGUUUAAUGUCUCACACAUUAUUAGAUUGCUCAAGGAUCAGAAAGUAAUGAUAGUGGUGACUGGCCUUUAUUAUUUCCAAAAAAUGGUCCCAGGCAUAUUGAAUAGACCUAUCUACUGACCAGAAGUAUACAACAUAACUCCUAACAUGCAGAGCAUGGGAAAGGAUGCUAAGAGCUGUAACAGCAUUUAAGCUCACUUCAUGUUGUUACUUCGACAGCAUCACAAAAUAAAAGCAAAUGGAAACAUUUCUGGUUAGCUAAGCAGCCAAAGAGAAGUAUUAUUAAAUCCCCUAUUCUCAUAGUGUAAACUAAUCUUUGCGGCGGGGCAAGAUUUUAAUUUUCCAAUUAGCCCAGGACCCUUGCGAGAAAUUAAUCAUAACAAUGCUUUAUCUUCAACUAGAAUGUUAUAUCCAGUUUUUCAUUUCAGAGGCCAGUAAAAUGCUUCCAAUUAACUUCACGGCAAGAUUAGUACUCCCUCUGUUCCGAAUUAAAUGAUGCAAUCUCUAUACAAUUUUAGUAAGACAUUGUAUAGAGGUUGAGUCAAUUAAUUGGAUCGGAGGGAGUAGCAUAUAUCAUGACUUUACGCAGGCAGCAAAGCGUAUUCUUUUUACGGACUAAAGUUUCACUUCACUACUAUGGAGUCCCGCCCUACAGACAAAGUUAAUGGGUGAAUUACAGAAAAUGAUAUUUCAUCAUAUGAACUUCCAAAUUUUUAACUUCUAAUUAAUUAUGCCUAUAAUUCUGCAAUUUGUCUGUCAAAUCUAAAAAGAAAUACUUCCCAAAGGACUGCAAACAUCGUCUCCUAAACCCUGACCACACUCGGUAAUGGUACACCAAAACAGUUACAGCCCUUAAUAGCGAACCUACCAUAACCAUGAACAGUGAACUCAGACCACUUGUUUGCUUAUUUUCAGGUAGAAACAAAAAAGAACAAAUAAAAGGUCACUAUCUUUUAAUGGCCACAUCAAGGAUCUCACUUCCGUUCCUUCCUCCAUCCUCUUCUUUCUUGGAGCCAAGCCAAACUCUUAUUUAUUCUGACAACCAAUACUUCAACACAGAAUAGUACCAUCCAUGAAGGUUCAAAGGCAUGCCAAGAUUAAAAUCCUCUUCAAUAAUCCAAAUAGCCUGUAGGAACUGGGAUCGACAGUAAGAUACGCCCUGCUUCUUCAUAGAUACUACAAUGGAUAAUAUUAGCAACAUCUUCCACAAUGACCUGCUCCCAUCUCUAGGAGCAAGAGCAAACCAAUCUAUCAAGUUGAGAAAAUUCAUCAUUUCUCCCUACGAUUCCCGUUACAGGAUCUGGGAAACGUUCUUGCUUGUGCUCGUUGUUUAUUCAGCAUGGAUCUACCCGUUUGAGCUAGCAUUUCUGAGACAUCUCUCGUGGAAGCUUUUCCUAGUUGAGAACAUUGUCAACAGCUUCUUCGCAAUUGAUAUUAUUCUCACCUUUUUUCUAGCGUAUCUCGAUCACAAGUCUUAUCUUCUAGUGGAUAAUCCAAAAAGGAUUGCAGCUAGAUAUCUCUCUUCCUGGUUCAUUCUUGACGUCUGUUCCACGAUUCCAUAUCAACCGUUUGGGCUACUCUUUAACAAGCAUGGAAAUGGCCUUGCCUAUAGGACACUUAACAUGCUUCGAUUAUGGCGUCUCCGACGCCUCAGUGCUUUAUUUGCCAGGCUUGAAAAGGAUAUCCGAUUGAACUACUACUGGAUAAGGUGCACCAAACUAAUUUCUGUUACUCUUUUUGCAAUACAUUGUUCAGGAUGUUUCAUUUACUUAAUAGCUGAUACAUACCCCGAUCCAUCAAGAACCUGGAUAGGAGCAGCAAUACCAAACUACAGAUCAGAGAGUCUAUGGGUUCGAUAUGUGACAGCAAUUUAUUGGUCUAUUACAACACUCACAACAACUGGUUAUGGCGAUUUACAUGCGGAGAAUCCAAGAGAAAUGUCAUUUUGCAUAUGUUUCAUGCUAUUUAACCUGGGAUUGACGGCAUACCUCAUUGGUAACAUGACAAACCUGGUUGUCCAGGGAAGUUGCCGUACCAGGAACUUUAGAGAUACCAUCCAUGCUGCCUCUCGGUUUGCUGCAAGGAAUCAGUUACCUGAACAAAUUAGGGAUGAAAUGCUAGCUCAUAUCUGCCUGAGGUAUAAGACAGAAGGGCUGAAACAGAAGGAAACAUUGGAUAGUCUCCCCAAGGCAAUUCGUUCAAGCAUAGCGUGCCAUUUAUUCCUCCCUGUCCUAGAAAAAAUAUAUCUUUUCGAUGGUGUUUCCUUUACUUGCAGGCUCCAAUUGGUUACCACAAUGGAAGCAGAGUACUACCCACCAAGAGAAACUAUCAUACUCCAGAAUGAAACGCCUACAGAUGUUUACAUAUUAGUUUCAGGAGCAGUGGAAGAACGGAUAAUGAUUGAUGGACGAGAAAAGGUUGAGAAACUACUAUCAGGUGGUGACAUAUUUGGUGAAAUAGGAGUUCUCUGCAACAUUCCCCAGCCACUUACAUUCCGCACGUCCAGAAUUUCACAACUAUUAAGGCUUAACACAACAGUGCUCAAAAACAUUAUUCAGGAAAACAAACACGACAAGGAAAUUAUAAUGAACAAUCUUUACCAGAAAAUGAACUCAGAUCAAAGGUUCUCUACUGACACGAUGGAGGUAUGUGAAGAGACGCUCGAUCAACACUUUGGGGAGUACAACGGAUGUUUUGCAUCCAAUCAGGUCAACAUAAACAAUGAAUCAAAAGCGGGAGAAACAAUAAGACUGGCUUGCAGUGAAGAACAUUGUAAAGAACUAAAUGAAUCAGACAGACAUGGAACAAUUCACAGUACUACGGAACAGGGUUUCUUUAAUACAAACAUUGAUUUUCCUGAUAAAGGUGAAAGUAUGGAAAAUCAUGUUGCUACAAGUCAGAUUACGGACAAACGGAAGGCAGAUGAGCAUGAACAUACAUCGACCGACAACUGCAUGACAGGAUAUAGGGGGGCUCGAGAUAGGUUCAAAAUCAUAUGCAAAAACACAAUAUUAGGGCAGACAAAAAUCACAGAUAAAAUGCUUACAUGCUCAGUUGCUGGAGAACUCCAGGAGAUCACUGAUACAUGCACAGAAGCUGGUUCUGUGGUUUCAGAAAGAAAAAGAGUGACAAUUCAUAUGCAUCCACAACAGAACAAAAGCUUAGCAGUACCAUAUGCAAAAGUCAUAAAUCUACCAGAAUCUCUGGAUCAACUUUUCGGCAUAGCUCGUGAGAAGUUUCCGGGUUAUUGUCAUGUGAAGCUGUUCAAUCAAGAUUUUGCUGAAAUUGACGAUAUAACAGUAAUUCGAGAUGGUGACCAGUUGUUUCUUAUGGAAGUUUGAUUAAGGAUGCUCAAAACUAUAGACUGUGGAAAGAGCAAUGCAUAGGAUAUGAAGUAGGACUCUCAUUUGAGGAAGUUGCCUAGAUCUCAGCAAAUAGGAAUCGGGCGACUUGGUGAAAUCGUGAAGAAAAUGCCACACAGGAAUUAGUGGGAGACUUGGAGUUACAGUUGUAGAGUAGCUAAAUGUAGAUAUGAAGAUGUGAUGGAAACAGUUUUAAAUCUGUUCUGCAGAUCAAAUGUUUGGGGAGGGGAGACCUCCGCUGAAUUGAUCGCCCUAGGGAAGAAUAUCAUUUACAGGCAACAAAUAUUAGCAAUAUUGAACUUUUCACCAAGGAUGA